AUGCUGACCUCACUCCACCUCUUUUUUUUGUUCAUGGCCUUCAGUCAGUUCGUUCUGGGGAUUUGGGGGAAUGGCUUUCUUGGGCUCAUCCAUUGCAUCCACUGGAUCAAGAGGAGCAAGAUUUCCUUACCUGACUUCAUCAUUAUGAAUCAAGCCUUCUCCAGGAUCUUCCUACAAUGUGCGGUCAUUUUUGAUGGUGUUACCUUGGUGCUCUAUUCCUAUUUCUAUUACGGAAUGACAGUAAGUCAAAUUAGUGAAACUAGCUGGUCCUUUAGUAACUAUCUAACCACCUGGCUGUCCACCUGUCUCAGUGUCUUCUACUGCCUGAAGACUGCCAUUUUCUCCCAUCCUGCCUUCCUCUGGCUUAAGUGGAGGACUUUCCAGGUAGUUGCCUGCAUUCUGCUGACCUGUGAGCUUUUCUUUUGCUUCAAUACAGUGUUGCUGAUCAGAAAAUUGGAUAUAUAUUCUGGCCUCCUAAAAAUGAUACUCACUGCAAACUACACUGAAAAUGUCAGAAGAAAGGAAAGAGAAUUGUAUGUCUUCCACCUUCCCAGUCUCCUGUGGACAGUGAUACCAUUCAUUUUAUCCCUGUUCUCCUGUUUCUUACUGACCCUCUCCCUGAGGAGGCAUACCAGGAUGAUGGGGCACCAGGUCACUGCCUCCAGAGAUGUGAGUACUAAGGCCCAUGUGAGAGCCACCAUUGUAAAGAUUUCUUUCUCCUUACUCUUUCUCUUUCAUUUUGUCUUUAUCCUCAUUAGAACAGCGAGCAUGUUCCUGCCAGAUGCCAAGGUGAUAUCAAUGAUUACAUUGUUGGCAGCCCCUCUCUCUCCCUCUGUGCACACAUUUAUCCUCAUUCUGCAAAGCAAAAUCCUGAAGCAGGCAUUCCUGAGGCUGCUGUGGUUGAAGAAGGACAGUAUGAAAGCUGGGGUCAGGGCAUCAUUGACCCAUUAG